AUGGUGAAACAAACGAGUCUGGAUUUAAUGGAAGUCCUUCCAAAUUUCGAUCUUACAACAGAGGAAUCGAGAUAUGAUGCUGGAAUUCUCUUCUCACCUACGAAUGACCCCUCAAUUAGAACGUCUUGGUCGUGCUCCUCUAACCAUGAUGAUCUCAAGGAACACGAAAGUGAGCAACAAUACGAAACAAUGGGCACUACGGAUCACGACUUGCUACAAACGUAUCGCAUGGAUUUGGGUACUAUUCCUGGCAGUACUAUUCCUGGCAAUGAAGCUAAAAAAUUUAAUCUAGAUGAAAUUCGAUCGACUCAUACAGAAUUAAUGAACAUGGUUGAAAUAUUUUUGACUCAAAUCGGCAUAAAAUUCCAAGCUCUGAAAAAAGAUAAUUUCUCCUGCACUAGUGAAUGGGGUACUGAACCCUACGGAUCAUUUCUUAUUACUUGUACACGUACGAUGAUUUGUGGAUUGUGCGCUUUAUUCGGUAAGACAUUUUGUCAAGAUGCUGUUGGUGUAUGUUCAUCUUAUACAGUUGAUGGCGAUCCUCCGCAUACCUGUUUUCUUAUUACAACACAUGAUGGGUCAGAAAUUAAUUUUGAUGAUGCUCUUAAAAUAACAAAUAUAAUCUGCAGUAGCUUUCCAAAAUUGUCAAGUCAACGAGACGAAACUGGCCGAUAUAUGGAGUUUCAUGAUUACUGCAAUGAAUGUCCAUCAAUAACCAAUGGUGAUUUAUUUCAGCUAUUGCGACAGAACAUAUCUAAAAAUAUUUCAUAUCAGUCGAGUUCGGAACAACAACAAGUGAAUAUAAAUCCAAUUAAAAAUAUUCCAAAGUUUAUUUGUAGUGAACGCGCAUUUUUUAACACGAAAGCUAAUACAUUAGAUCAAACAUACAAAUAUGUUCAUGAUGGUAUAACUUGGCGGGUCCCCUUACCUGAUAUUUCAAGUGAAAUAAUUAUUUGCUCAUUAUUAUCCUUACGUUCAUUAAUUGUUCGAAUUGGAAUAUUAUACUUACAUCCCCAGGUCGGAUAA